UUUGUAUUCUGUUGUUCACAGAGUGAUCACAAUGGGGAAAGGCUGCAUGAAGGCAAUCAAGUACUUCCUGUUCCUCUUCAAUGUCCUCUUCUUCCUGUUUGGCGCCCUCAUCAUGGGGUUCGGACUGUGGGUCCUUCUGGACAAGGAGAGCUUCAUGGUCAUCCUGCAAGAGUCCUCCACAGUGCUGAAGAUAGCUUCCUACAUCCUGAUAGGUGUCGGUGGUCUCUCCAUGUUGAUGGGCUUCCUGGGUUGCCUGGGGGCUAUCUAUGAGAUCCGCUGUCUGCUGGGCCUGUACUUCACCUGCCUGCUGCUGAUUCUGAUUGGUCAGGUGGCAGCCGGUGUACUCAUCUACUUCCAGAAGGACCUGCUAAAUAAGGAGAUGUCCAACAUCGUGACCCAGAUCCUGAGCAACUACCCUGGGAAGAACAGCACCACCGAGCAGGCCUGGGAUUACAUACAGAGGACGAUGGAGUGUUGUGGAUGGAGUGGUCAUAUGGACUGGCAUGGUAAUGCUGUCAUAGUGAACAGUUCCCAGCUGUUGUUCCCGUGUUCCUGUCAGAACGUGUCUCUGGUUGAGGGUAACUCCCCCUCCGACAGUGGUUUCUGUGAGGCACAGUCACUUGAUUGGCCCAUCUACAACAGGGGCUGUAACUCCAGUGUAGAGAGCUGGCUGUUUGCCAACGUUGGAGUGAUCCUGGGUGUCUGCCUGGGAGUGGCUGUCAUCGAGCUCCUGGGUAUGAUCCUGUCCAUAGGGCUGUGUAAGAGCAUACACACUGAGGAUUACACCAAAGUGCCAAAGUACUGAAGAUGAUGACGGGGACGCUAUGACACACACACACACACACACACACACACAGUACGGUGCAGAUGUUUAUUUGAUUUCAUUUUUUUUGUUGAAUUUCUUUUUUGUUUGUAUUUUUUGGGGGGGAGGCACAUGUCUUUUCUCUCAGUCCAGUUUCCAUCUGAGCACUUUAGAGACUGUAGUUAUGGAUUAGAGAGGAAGACGAGAGCAGACCGGGUCACAGAGA